GUCUCGCCCGAAACUGGCGAGUAUAUAAUUUUUGUGCAUAUUUUACAUAUUUCGCGAUCGACUGCUGGCUGCUUCUGUGACAAGUCGUCGUGCGAUCGCAGCUUUCGAUUUGGAAACCCUGCUCGAACGCGGAUUUUGCAGAUUUAGAACGUUCGUUAUUCUAAUUCGGUUUCCCAUUAAUAGUUCCAAAUCAUCAUGCAAGUUCGGUUGGCGAUUGGAUUGAUCUGCUGGGUGCGGCUAGUGGUGAUGGCACUUCCGGCUGGCGGCGAUGGUUCCUGCAAUUGUGUAUGUGGCGUCAACGGUCGCUCAAACCGAAUUGUUGGUGGCGCAGAAGCACCAGCCCACGAGUAUCCUUGGCUGGCGGGACUAUUUCGCCAGGGGAAGCUGUACUGCGGGGCAUCGGUGUUGACCAAAAACUACGUGAUAACCGCGGCCCAUUGCGUUAACUCGUUCGAACCGAACGAAAUAAGGGUCUACCUUGGUGGACACAACAUUUCGAAGGACUACACGGAACUCCGACGGGUCAAGCGAAUCAUCGAUCAUGAGAGUUUCGAUAUUUUCACCUUCAACAAUGAUGUGGCUCUGCUUGAACUAGACAAACCAUUGCGCUACGGACCAACGAUUCAGCCGAUUUGCUUGCCGGAUGGAAGUGUAAGGGAUUUCACCGGAUCGCUUGGAAUCGUCGCUGGCUGGGGUCGUAUCGAAGAGAAGCUUCCACCAUCCAAAACUCUGCGAUCCGUAGUGGUUCCCAUCUGGUCCCAGCAGCAGUGUUUGGAUGCCGGUUAUAGUAGCAAAAAGAUCUCCGAGAAUAUGAUGUGCGCUGGUUUCCAUGACGGUAAAAAAGAUGCUUGCCAGGGAGACAGCGGUGGUCCAAUGCACAAAAUGGGGAACUCCGGCAGUAUGGAGGUCAUCGGAGUGGUCUCCUGGGGACGAGGCUGCGCUAGGCCGAACCUGCCCGGCAUCUACACUCGGAUUGUUAACUACUUGCCAUGGAUCCACGAAAAGCUGAGCGGGGAAUGUAUGUGUGUACCGAAAAAUGUUGCCGCGAGAAGUUUCGCGUGAGUCGCCUGAUCUCAGCCAGAGUGAAGUGCGUUGAACAGACGCCGGCCAGAUCUGUUCAGUAUGAGAGAAUUGUCUGCCGUAGGUGUAUCGUUAUUAUUUAUUCUAGUCAACAGACGAAGUAUCAAUAUAUCAACUUUGAGCUAGUUUUGUUACCAAAUAUGUUUGAUUAUGUAAG